CGAGGUCUUCAAUGCAACAGGGUUUAGGGUUUUAGAGUUUCAGUUUCAAUCGUAGAUCAUAGAAUUAAAAGUAUUGUGCUCGCAAUUGUGCACGUCCGGAAGCAGGAAUGGCGAAGGCGAAGGGAGGAUCUAUUUUGGUGCGUCUCAUUUCCGCCGCAGGCACCGGGUUCUUUUACGUGAAGCCGAAGAAUCCCCGGAAGCUCACCACUAAGCUUGAGAUGCGCAAAUAUGAUCCCGUCGUCAACAAGCAUGUGCUCUUCACUGAAGCUAAGAUGAAGUAGACGUGGUUUUAGCGCCACUUCUCUUUCGGAGACAGCAACGCUUUUUGGAGAUGUAGAGAGGAUGAGGAUCGAAACCUCUUGCGGGGUUGGUCCAGGUGACCAGUUGUACUUGUUCACGCAUGCAUGCUGCAUCUGGUCGGACUUGGGCAUAGGAUGAGAUUUCUGAUCAGCCGUCUGGGAACCAAUGCUAUGGAAGAGUGUUUAUUCAUAAGGUUCAUCAGAUGUAUUUGCAACUACUGCAAUUGAACAUUGCCCUCAGAUAGGGUUUUCUCCAUAAUUAAACUGCUUGUUAUUGUGCA